AUGCCGCAAGACGCAAGAAAACAGCCACAGCCCGCCUUCUCCUCCCUCUACCUCCAGAGCCUCACCCAGGAGCUCUCCGAGGACCUCGACAAGGUCCGCAACGCCGACGACUUCAAGGCCGACUCCGUGCCCUUCCUCGUCCACGCCCUGCAGCAGGGCGCCUCCCAGUUCUCCCCUGCCCAGCAGGAAGCCGUCCUCAAGGCUGCAGAGGGCCGCCGGGGCUGA